AUGGAUUGUAACGUAGGAUUCAUCGGCCUUGGUGCCAUAGGAUAUCCUAUGGCCGCAUCUGCUCGCCGCAGACUUCCGCAUGACUCAAUUGUGUACGUUUUUGACGUACAAAAGGCAGCUUGUGCAAGGUUUUGCAUCGAAUUCGGCAGCCUGGGGCCAGUCAAGAUAGCUCAGUCACCACGAGAUGUGGCUGCAAGCGCUGAAGUGGUGAUAUCAAUGGUGCCGGGAGGAAGAGAGGUCGAAGAUGUCUUUCUACAUCCUGAAAACGGUAUCAGCGUCGCCCCCAAAAAUCCUGGCAGACUCUUGCUCGAGUGCAGUACGAUCGAUGCAGCCACGGCUCGGAAGUUGGCUGCUCACAUUGAAACAACCCAACAAGGCACGUAUGUUGAUGCCCCAGUCUCAGGGGGCGUUCCUGCGGCGGAAACAGCCACGCUUUCAUUCAUGAUCGGUCAUCCUGCACCGCGGCCGGGUGACAAAUCAACGGAGAGACUGGAAAGAACAGUCUCGUUGAUGGGUGAUCCCCAAAAGUUAUUCUGGUGUGGCAGUGUAGGCUCCGGUCUUGUCGCAAAGAUCAGCAACAACUAUAUUUCGUGCUCCGUCUUGUUAUUGGUCGCAGAAGCAAUGGCGAUUGGUGUCAAAUCGGGUGUGGACCCUAAGAUACUCCAAACAAUCAUUCACAACUCAACUGGACAGUCUUUCAUGGGAGACAAUGUUUGCCCAGUGCCCGGCGUGGUACCUCACGCACCCAGCAGCAAUGAUUGGCGACUGGGUUUCAAAACACAAAUGUUCCUGAAAGACCUUUCACUGGGAAUAGAAGCAGCCCGACGUCAAGAUCUCAAGCCUUCAAUGGCAGAAGCCGCUUAUGCGGUAUUUGAGGAGGCAUCAAAGAAUCCCCGCUGUAUUGAUCGUGACGGAUCAUCUGUAUAUCUUCACAUUACGGGGGAAGACAAGAAUUAG